AUGAAGGAGUAUGAUGAGGAAGAUCAGGGGAAGGAUAAGGACAAAGCCACAUCAGCCCCCUGUGUGCCAUCAAAGCAGCCAAAUUGGUGCCCUGAAUGUGGACACAGCUCCCCACCAAUCUCGGAGCCGAUGAAGCACUGCUGCCCCCACCAUGGUGCCCAGCCCUUUGUCUGUGGUGACUGUGGCAAGAACUUCAGGCUCAGCUCCAACCUCACCCAGCACCACUGUGUCCAGCCCGGGAAGCAGCCCUACAUCUGUGCUGGCUGCGGGAAGAGCUUCCCUCGCAGCCUUGCACUCAUCGCCCACUGGCACGGCCACGCUGGGAAGAAGCCCUUUGCCUGCACUGACUGUAGCAAGAGCUUCUACUGUGGCUCUGACUUCCUCCAGCACCGCCGUGUCCACACCAACGAGAGCCCACACAUCUGUUGUGACUGUGGCAAGAGCUUCCAGGAGAACUCGAUGCUCAUCGCUCACUGGCACGUCCAAACCGGCCAGAAAGCCUUCAGCUGCAGCGACUGCGGCAAGAGCUUCAAGAUGAGCUGCCAGCUCUUCCGGCACCGCCGCGUCCACACCGGCGAGAAUCCCUACUGCUGUGCUGGCUGUGGCAAGAGCUUCCGCUGGAGCAAGACCCUCAUUACCCACUGGAAUGCCCAUAGUGGCAAGAAGCCCUUCGCCUGUACUGACUGUGAUAAGACCUUCGCCCAUGUCUCCCAAGUCUCACAGCACCUCUGUGGCCACACCAGCAAGAGGCCGUGCAAUUCUGGCACCUCCAAUGAGCAUUUGAGCCGCAGGUCGGACCACAACCUCAGCAACGACCUCUCCAAGGGCCACAAGCUGCAGAGUAGAGAGAAGACAGCAGCCACCGAAGUCAUCUCCAACCCCUGCAGCAAGUGUCAGCAGAGCUUCGCCAGGCGCUCAGACCUGGUGAGGCACAUGCGGAUCCACACUGGGGAGAAGCCAUAUGUCUGUGCCGUCUGUGACAAGAGCUUCAGCCAGGCCUGCAACCUCACCCGACACCGCCGCAUGCACACAGGGGAGAGACCGUACUGCUGUGCUGAGUGCGGCCAGAGCUUCAGCUCCAGCCAUACCCUCAUGCAGCACCACCACACUCACAGUGGCAGGAAGCCCUACCGCUGUGCUGACUGUGGCAAGAGCUUCUCUGCGAGCUCCACCCUCCUCCAGCACCACCUCAUCCACACUGGGGAGAAGCCCUACCGCUGCACUGCCUGUGGCAAGAGCUUCAGACAUGGUGCCACUCUCAGAAGUCACCUCGAUGUCCACACUGGCAAGAAGCCUUUCACCUGUACCGACUGUGGCAAGAGCUUCAGCCAGCACUCCCUGCUGCUCUGUCAUCGCCGCAUCCACACCGGCCAGAAGCCCUACGUCUGCAGUGACUGCAGCGAGCGUUUCACCCACAGGUCCGCCCUCAGGCGGCACCGCCUUGUGCACACAGGUGAGAAGCCCUUCCCCUGCACCGCCUGCAGCAAGAGCUUCCGCUGCAGAUCUAACCUCAGCCGGCACAUGCGCAUCCAUGCCAGUGACCAGCCUGUGCCGGGGGACUCAGAAAAGCACUGACCCCAGCACUGCCAGGGUAAACAUCACCCCCAUGGGGGACCUUUUCCAGCAGAUUGAACCAAGAUCACCUCAUUUGCACACUGUUUUCCCAGACUCUGGGGGCUC